GCCCUGCUGUGGGAAGUCGUAGAGCGUGACCCGCGUCAGGUGGAACCCGGUGGAUCACCUAGCUGGCCCGGAAGUAUCCGAUUUAAAGCAUGGCUAAGUUCUUCGCACUGAAGAACUUCACUGCACUUUCAGAUCUUCAUCCAAAUAUGGCUAAUCUGAAAAUAAUCGGAAUAGUUAUUGGGAAAACAGAUGUCAAAGGCUUUCCAGACAGAAAAAAUAUCGGAUCAGAAAGAUACACCUUUAGUUUCACCAUUCGUGACUCACCAAAUCACUUUGUGAAUGUGUCCUCCUGGGGCAGUGAAGACUACAUCCGCUCGCUGUCUGACAACUUUAAGGUUGGUGAGUGUGUGAUAAUUGAAAAUCCCCUGAUCCAAAGAAAGGAGACAGAAAGAGAAGAAAGGUUUAGCCCCGCAACUCCUAGCAACUAUAAACUAUUGCUCAGUGAGAAUCACUCAAUGGUAAAAGUUUGUUCCCCUUAUGAAGUGGACACCAAGUUACUUUCUUUGAUACACUUGCCUGUUAAGGAGUCUCGGGAUUAUUACUCAUUGGCUGACAUUGUCGCAAAUGGACACAGUCUAGAUGGGAGGAUUAUUAAUGUGCUUGCAGCUGUGAGAUCGGUUGGAGAGCCAAAGUACUUUACAACUUCAGACCGAAGAAAAGGCCAGAGGUGUGAGGUUAAACUCUUUGAUGAAACAGAGCCUUCUUUCACAAUGACAUGUUGGGAUAACGAAUCCAUUCUACUUGCACAGAGCUGGAUGGCACGAGAAACAGUAAUAUUUGCUUCCGAUGUGAGAAUAAAUUUUAACAAAUUUCAGAACUGCAUGGCAGCAACUGUAAUCUCAAAAACCAUUAUCACAGUGAAUCCAGAUACACCAGAAGCCAAUAUCCUACUGAAUUUUAUAAGAGAAAAUAAAGAGACAAGUAUAGCUGAUGAAAUUGACAGUUAUUUGAAAGAAUCUGUAAACUUAAACACAAUAGUUAAUGUCUAUACAGUGGAACAGUUGAAAGGAAAAGCUUUGGAAAAUGAAGGAAAAGUGGAUCCUUUCUAUGGCAUCCUUUAUGCUUACAUUUCUACAUUGAACAUCGAUGAUGAAACUACCAGAGUAGUUAGAAAUAGAUGUUCCAGCUGUGGUUAUAUUGUAAACGACGCCUCCAAUACUUGCACAAUUUGCAGCAAAGAUUCUUCCAGAUCUAGAUCUUUUUGUCUCAGUUUUGAUAUGCUGGUCGAUCUCACUGACCACACUGGAACCCUCCGUUCCUGCAGUCUCUCAGGCAGUGUUGCUGAGGAGACUUUGGGCUGCACGAUAAACGAGUUUCUCGCAAUGACAAGUGAACAGAAAACAAAGCUGAAGUGGCAACUCCUUUUGGAAAGAAGCAAAAUUUACUUAAAAUUGAUUUUGUCACACAGGGCAAGGGGUGGACUGAAAGUCACCAUUCUCUCCUGUAAGCUCGCAGAUCCUAUUGAGGCGAGCAGGGACCUGGCUGGACAAGGACACCCUUAAAACCAGAUUUUGUUCCAAAUUCUGGGAAACAUAGACAUUUAACUCUGAAGAUGCCUAGAUGUCGUAAACUAUUUCUGAGACCGUCACUGUCCCUUCUGGAGUUAGCUCAGCCCCCUGGAAUACUGUUCUACUAGCUUUACCCUGUCUUCUCUAACACUGGGAGAUACUGCUAUGUACAGAAAUAAACAUGCUUGAUCUUCCUCA